GCCAUAUAUCAUAGAGGUAAAAUAUGUCUACUUCUACAACUUUUUCAAACUGUUCCACGUUGGCCAAAAACUGGGAUACCGAGACCCUCAUUAAUUUCUUACCAUUUUAUAUCCUGGUCGACCAAUAUGUUUGGACCUACUGAAAGAAACGAGGCACAUACGGUUUUUUAUAGUACAUUAUAUAUUUUUCGUGAUGAUCCUAUGGUCUCACAAGAGAUCCUUGAAGUUGUUAGAAAUCUCUUACUAAAUAAAAAGAUUAGUGGAAAAAAAGGUCGCAAACCUUUAGCCGAUACUUCUAACCUACAAGAAGAGAUAAUAAAGAAGCCAGCUCCUCCAAAGUCAGAUUCAUCUGCUUCUUUAAGGAAGAUCCAUGGAUAUGAGAUCACUGGCCAGUGGCACCUCGAACAAGUUUGUGAUGACGGAGACUAUCAUUAUCUUUAUUGCGACCUGACCAUAAAAAAGCCUAAUAGUCUUUAUUUGGAAGCUCUCCUCGAACUGUUAGCGACAGCUUCAAUUUCAAAAUUAGAUGGGAAUUUUGAGCAAGUAUUUAAGUAUGAAGAGCAACUUCAUCCUCGAGAGAUUUGGAUCGUACACUUUUCCUGUGAAGAUUAUAUUGUAACUAAUCUGUAUUGGCCACCUGAGAAGCUCCAAGAGAAGGGAUUAAAUGUCGUCCAUUUUUGGUAUGACAGGGACUUUAAAAAUGUAAGAAUGAGUGCCAGAUUUUGGGAUACCACUGACCAGUAUUGCGAAAUUAUAGAUGAGAUAAUUCUUUAA